AUGGCUGUGACCGAAUCUGAGAAUCGUCGAGAAAUUGCACGUUUACCAACACGUCCAAUUUCUCUUGAAGAUCGGUAUGAUCCUCCGGCGAAUUUUCUUGAAAUUGAAGUACUCAAUCCUGAAACGCAUGGCUUUGCAAGCAAACGAUAUACAGAUUAUGAAAUUCGCAUGAAGACGAACCUACCAGUUUUUCGUCUGAAAGAAUGUACCGUUCGUCGACGUUAUUCCGAUUUUGAAUGGUUACGAAAAGAGCUCGAACGAGAUAGUAAAAUUGUUGUUCCGCCACUACCAACAAAAGCUUGGAAAAGGCAAAUGCCUGCAUUUUUUCGUCGGGACGAUGGUAUCUUUGAAGAUGAUUUCAUUGAUGAACGACGCAAAGGGCUUGAACAAUUUAUUAAUAAAGUCGCUGGUCAUCCAUUGGCUCAAAAUGAACGUUCUCUUCACGUUUUUCUCCAAGAGACUACCAUCGAUCACGAGAAAUAUGUUCCUGGCAAAAUGUCAUCAGGAGUACCACUCACACCCCGAACAUUAGCACAAUCGCAUCACAAUGACUCCCAACGUAUCGCGAAUCCACGUUUGGAAGUUAACGAACGGCGACUUCGUCCUAUUUACGAUUUUAUGGAAAUCCACAACUAUCGUAAAGCAUUGACUGAAAUCGAACGACUGCUGAAGAAACAGGCUCAUUUUACCGCAUGUAAGGCUUUGAAAUGUCUUGUCUUACUGAAACUCGACAAACAUGAUGAGGCAAGUGCAUUAGCAAACGAAUUAGAUACCCUCGCUUCGGCUCAUACGCAUGCUGCUCCGAUUGGUGAUGCAUCGAAUGUUGAUGAAAAUACUUUAACAUUUCUCUCUCAAUACUAUAAAGAUCUUCGGCAGUACGACAAAGUUGUCUCGCUUUAUGACAACGCAACAAAACGUGAACCAAAUAGUGAAGAAUACCUGUGCUCAUUAUUCAUGGCCUAUGUACGCAUGAAAGAUUACAAAAAUCAGAUGUUAACUGCUCAAAAACUCUACAAACUAACACGAAAAACUCCUUAUUAUAAUUGGGCUGUCAUCAGUGUUCUUCUCCAAAUCGACGAAAAUGCGGCUCAGUUAGCACAAACACUGUAUAUUCCCAUGGCAUUGAAGAUGCUCGAAAAAGAAUUUUUCGACGAGAAUUCUCAACAAACUAAAUCGUAUGGUGAAAUGGAGUGUUUACUUUAUCUAUGUACACUAGAAUUGAAGAAAGAUUUUCCCAAAGCAUUGACUUUUCUAACGAAACAUUUGGACGGUUUAAUCAAAUCAGCCACGAAUGAAUCUAUGCUACCCGCGUACUUUGCACAUGAAAAACCAUUGAUAUAUAAUUACAAAGCUGGCCAGUUCGAUGAGACGUAUCGGUUAGCCAAGAACUUCUUGAAAGAAGAUAAUUACGUUUGGAAUUGGUACGAAGUUUUAUUCGAUACAUUUUUUCAAUUCGAUCAAACUAAGCAACAAGAGCUGAUUCAAGAUCUUCAUGAUUUCCUUCUAACGACACCCGAAGGGGCAACUGAUCUACGUAAUAUUCAUCUAGCUCGUAUCGAAUUUGGUCUCCGAUGGCAACUCGCACGACACAACAUCAAGUCAUUGGUACUACCCGAACUUGCUUCAACCUAUCUUUCUAAAACGUUCUUCGAUCAACUCACAUCAUAUAUUCAGACAUACUCAUCAAAAACAACAAGCUUAGUUAUGUAUGAUAUCUAUCGAGCAUCAGAAUAUCUUUCUUCAGAAGAACAAACACGUCUUCAUGCGUAUUUGAUCGAACAGAUAACAUCGGAAACUGCCCGAAAUAACGUCCAAUAUCUAAUAAAUGUUCUCUAUUGUGCUCGACUAUGUGGAGACAAACAUGAUGUUUGGCUAAAAGACAAUUGGAAAACGUUUACUGAACGUUUAUUCGACCUAGCAAAUCAAGCAUCGACAUCUGCUGAACAUUCGAUUGAAUUAUUUAUUUUAAUCGCAAACAUUCUUGAUAUAACCAAACAAUCGAAGUCGGAAAUAUAUGCAUUACUAGAUCGAGUUCACGAUAAAGAUUCCGCUAAUUUCGACGUCAAACUUUAUAUUUAUAAUCUGGCUUUACACUUCAAUUGUUUAACAAUCAUGAAAGAUUACUUCGAACGUUUAGAGAUCAAAAACAUUCAAUAUUAUUCACUUGGCUAUCUUCUCACUGACCAUUAUCUGCGUAUUCAUACAAACUAUCGUCAUGUCAGAAGUUCAUGCAACUAUCUAACCAACCUUUUACUUGUUUACAAUGAUGAUUCAUGGAGUCAAAUUAUGUUCUGUUACAAAUAUGGCAAUUUUCUGCGUAUCAAUGAGAUUCGCAUAUUUUCCGACUGUUAUCUCAGUUAUUCAUUGAUUUAUUUUCAAGCUUUGAUUGGUGCACUGGUCGUUGAUUUCAUUCAAAAUGGAAAUCGAUAUCGAUCAAUAAGUACUCUAUUGAAACACCCAUCGAAUCAAGUUCUAUUCGAACAUAAACAGAAAAAUAAACAAUCACUACAUGGACUAUUCUAUAAAACAAAUACAAAUGAGGUUUAUAGAGUUCAAGACACACGAGAUUACGAUAUCUGGCCAAAGAUUGAUCAUCGACGAUUACGUUUUAAUUCGAUUGAGAAAGAAGAGACGCCGAAUGAAACGGUAGCGUAUGCUGAUCGAAUCUUGAAUGAACAUUCUGAUCAAUCAUCAUAUCAAUCACCUUCUUACAAAGAUUCGUUUCUUCGUCAAUAUCAAACAGUUGACUUUCAACAACGUGUUGCUCUCUGCUAUCUUCGCGCUAACAUACUCAAUCUGCUUCAUACAUUAUAUGUCGACCGAAAAUCGUCCGCGGAUGCGAUUCACAUGCCCGAUGAAGAAGUAUUUCAAACCUUGAAAUUAAUUCUUGCGGAUUACAGUCAAUGUACGAAAGCAUUGAAUCCUACGGAAACCAUCACACCAUGUGAGCUUCAAACAAUUGUUGAUUUAGAACUUUACCAAGCGAUCCCAUUGUUUAUUCAACUGCUUCUCGAUGGAAUAACGUUGAAUAAAACAGCAGAAGCUGCACCAACUUUAACGAAAAUCUCCUUAUCGAAUGUGAAGAUCGCCUAUGAUAAAAUUGAACAACACAUCAAUGAUAUCAUCAAACAAUUGGAGCGAUCUUAUCAAUUACUUGUUCAAGCAUUGCAAAAGACUCUGUUUCAAAAACGAUGUACAGCAACUAACGAUGAAACAGCAGAUUUUCUGAACGAUCUCGCUGGCAAACAGUCACCGAUUGAAUAUUAUUCUGUUUACACAGAAUUUACUUCAUAUACGUAUGGUUUAUAUCUAUCGAUUCGACUGAUCUUCGCUGCUUUGUUCAACAAAACAGCUUUGUUAGUCGAAGGUAGUGAGUCGGCAGAUAAUCGUACAUUGAAUUCGAAGAAAUCGAAGAAGAAAGGAGGUGACCAACAAUCAGAAACAGUUGAAAAUCCGGAUGAAAUCAAACUGUGGAGUCAAUUAGAAAAAAUUGAAGUUUUAUACAAUGACCAAUGGACACAAGUGAUUGAAAAUAUUCAGAAAUACGAAACAUAUCUCCGUAAACAUGGCCAGUUGAACGCCAAUGAUUACGAACGAUUAGAAAAACAACUUGAUGUAAACAGUGAUCAAUCAACAAAUAAAUCAAAAUCGAAAGCGGAUGAGAACACUAGUUCUAGCGGAUCUUCGACAAAGGACAAUCAGGAAGAUCCUCAAACAUCGAAUUUAACUUUGCAAUUAAGCCAACUUGCCAUGCGUUCAUCGACUCGACGGGCAUUCACGUUAGGCUACCUGGAAUCUUUCAUACAGAUUCGGGUGUGUCUAACAACCAAACAAAAAACACUUCGUCUUCGCCUAUCAUCAACCUAG